CAGAAAACUUGUGACUUACACCUUUAAAUCUCUGUUUUGAAGAGUUUAAGUAUUCUUAAUAUAAUGUAUUUAAAAUAUUCUUUUUGUGCUGUUUUUAUUUUUGUUUUAUCAAUUAACAGGGCAUAUUCAAAUGAUGUUCCUGCCAUAAUGUGGAACAUCAAGGGAAAUUCUUUGCAUCUAAAACCUGUCUCAGCCUUGGGACGUGAUGACAAAUUAUUUACAGAUAGUUUGAAUGAUAUUUUUCAAGAGGACUCCAGCAUACUUGUUUUUGCCUUAAGUAAACUGAGUUUAGAAGAUUUUUCCCCUGAUGAAAAAUCCAAUACAUUAAACAGUACACUUCAAAAUUUAGAGGCAUUUUUAGAUGGACAGCCUCAUAUGUUUUUGACAUCUAUUAAAGAUCCAUUAAAUCAUAUUCACAAAACACAUUGUGGUGUUCAAGAAAUAGUUGUUGAUCAAAGCAUAGAUAAAAAUGUUUUGCAGUCUGUCUCCUCAGCUCUUGAUAGGUCAUGUGUUGUUAUUCUUCAUGUUACAGAUGCUGGUAUUGUUGGUAAUAAAGGGCAAAUUGAAAAGGUAUUUCGACCAUCAUUUCAAAAUGUCAAUAAAAAUAUUGUUGGAGUGUUUACAGCUCAGAAGUCCUCAUGGGGUGCCUUAGACAAUGAGCAUCACAUUUUCAGAAAUUUGCUAGCCAUUGAAGAGACUGACUCAAGUUUUAUUAAUAUUACUGGAUGCAUUAUUAUGUAUGCUGAGAAUGCAACAUUACAGAUUGGAAAUGAUACUGUUAAGCUGCCUUUUCCUGUUGAUACAAAAGGCUCUGAAUGUGGUAACUCAUCCAUCUUGCAACUAAAUUUUCAGCCAUCUGGAGAUGUGUCUAGUGUUGUAGUUAUAUUAACAUUUUCACUCAAAGGAGGAGGGUCUUGGGUGACUAGUGGUACCAUUGACAUUACUGGAGGUAAAGGACCACAGGGGGAGGUUUUACUUUUUACCUCUCAAUUGGAAGCACCUACAGGUUUUUCAUACAGCUGUGGUAAACUUAGUUUAAAAGCUAAUGCAACUGAAACUGUAUAUAUUUCAAUAGAACGUUUCCAGGUGCAACCAUUCACAACAAACAACAAGUUCAGUGAUAGUUUUGAUUGUGUUCCAUUUUUUAGUAUCCCUAUAUGGAUGGGAGUUUUUGUAUCAAUAUUAUUUAUAACUAUAAUAAAUUGUGGCAUCUAUGCUCUAUUUUCUGUACACACCAUGGACCGAUUUGAUGACCCAAAAGGGAAAACUAUUUCUGUUGUGGCAGCUACAGAUUAGUUUUAAAUAAUUAAAUUGAUAAUAUUUAUUCCAGAUGAAUCUUGUUAGGUUUAUUACUUGUAAAAGCUAGUCUGUGUAAAUAUUAAUAUGUUACAUUGCAUAAAACUGACAUUUAAAAAAUUUUCUGAAUGUGAGCAUGUAUUUCUAUUUAAAGUAGUAAGUAAACACAUUAAAUUAAAAAAAAAAAAUGUAAAUGUAUUCUCAUAUUCUUUAUGAAUUUCAUAUGUUUAAUUAAUUUUUUUUCAAAAGUAUUUGAAUAAAAAAUUACAAUUUGUUUAUAUAGAUAAUAUUUCUGAAGUGAAGAAAUAAUGCUCUUCUUCAGAAAAGUACAUGAAAAUUUUUCUUCUUACGUUAGAAAUUUUGCAAAUGUGUUAUGAAAAAUGUAAUAUUAAAAGCAACAUUGAAAUGAAACAUCCUCUCUCAUAUUUCUGUGUCUUUUCAUUCAUCACUUUUUUCUGCUGGUUUAUAAUUUUUGCAUCCAUUGAACAAAAGAUCUAAUUAAUAUUUGAGUUUUCUUUAAUGAAUAAUAUAUUUAAAAUUCAUUAACUGCUUCUUUCUUUAAGUAUGUCUUCUCUAAUCAGAAUAAAUAAAUAAAUAAAUACUGCUUCUAUUCCCUCCUAAAUACUUUGUAGAAUUAACAGUUAAUAUUUUGCCAAUUUUAGUGUCAGUGUAGUGAUUUGGAAUCUUAAUGGGACAUGCUUUAUGCAUUCUAAUUUUUUUAGUCUUCAAUUAGUAUAUCAGUCAGAUUAUUGUUAUCCUUAUUUAGUAUAUCAAUGCCAAAAUUGUAUCAUAUUUAUUACUAGAUUAGUUUAUGCUAAUAUUCCUAAAAAUGAAAAUGCAUUAAAUUUAUUUCAUUAUGUGUAAAAGCAAAUUACUGUUGUAAAAGAAUUCAUCGUGUUCAUUAUUUCAUCUGAUGCUUAAUCAUAAUUUGUUAUAUAAAUUGUGUUUUCAAGUGUGGUUACGUGUUGAAUUUUGUAUAUUAAUAGUAUGUAUAGAAUGUUGACUAUUUAUUAUUAUUGAAAAUUUUCAGUUGCUUAUGACUGAACAUUCUGAUUUCACAAGCAGCUUAUUAAGAUGAAAAAUGUUAAAAAUAUUUAACUGAAUGUCUUAUUUGUGGGGAAGGGGGAACAGUAUGAACAAUAUUUGCUAAAUAAUUUAAUUCAUGUAUGGUAAUCAGGAAUAAUGUGCUUGUGUGAUAAAUAUUCUAGCAUUGAAAACAGUUUUACUUAUUUGUUUGAAUUCCAUUUAUGUCAUUGUUUCAGGACAUUUGUAUAUAUAAUUUUCAUUGAUAUAUAUAAUCUGGUAUAAUUUAUUUUUAGGUUAUUUAAAUUACUCCAGAAUGUUUUGCUUAUAUUUUGUAAGUUUCUAUUUAUAUCAGCUAGGAAUAAAAUAAUUUGUUUAAUUGUAUUUAA